GGCCUGGGGCCUCACCUCCCUGGGCAGCUUGGGGUUCCUGCAGCAGCCACUGCCCUGCCUAACCCCUCUCACACCCCACCAUGUUGGUUGGUACCCCCCACCUGCUGACACUGGAUGAAGCUGAUGCCACCUGGACCCUCAUCAAGGAUAAAGUCAUCGAGGAGCGCUUUGGGCCCAAUGUAGUGGCAGUACCUUUCCUGUCGGAUGCAGCCUGCUAUGACCUACUGGGUGUGCUAGUGAAGCAGUCCCGCCCAGCCCACACCCGCCUGGCUUUACCCGGUCGGCAGGGUCGGCGGGCACUACAACCAGUGGGGCUACUACCAAACCUCCUGGAGCAGGCAGGGUCCGAGGGUGCCUUUGCCCACUGCACUCGGGAAUACUCACCAAAUGGCCGAGCAGAGAUAGCCUAUGAAGAAAUGCGACUUUUGGAAGGGCACCCCUGCCGGAUCCGCCUGCACAUGGGUGGACUGCGCAAGAAGGUGGCCUUCCUGCUGCUGCCACCAGGGCAGGUGAGCCUACAGCAAAAUCUUCCCUGGCUCCGAAGCACCCACAGCAUCUAUGUCAUCUACCAGGUCUUCUCCUGUUCCUGGCUGCAGCUGGGGCUGUUACCUACAGCCCGUGAGCCCCAGCUGCUCCGGUUACAACGGUCACUGCCUGUUGCCUUCUCCUGCCUCAAGUUUUCACUGCAGCCCAAAGGAGUGCUGGGACCACAGAAGCCUCUGACCAAAGAUCCACUGCCCCAUGGUGCCAACUGGGUCAGACCCAACCUUGGCAUCAUGCCACCUCUGGCCCUCACAUCAGUCGCUGCCAAUACCCCUGAAGCUGCUGAUGUGCCCCCACCUGUCCCAGGCCCACCUACACCACCUCCUCAGGAAGGGCCGGAGGGCAGACCCACCAGAUUCUCCUACAAGGGCCGAAACCCCUUCCGCAGAGGGCCCCAGAUGUUGUCAGGGUCUGUCCUCAGAGUUCGACAGCGACGAAUGAAGCUGAAGCGAGAAACACAGGGGGCAAGGCCCCCAAGAUCUGGCAUAGGGAUACUGGUCCCCAAUAAACAUCAGCUGCUGCUGCCCAAAACCAUCCUGGGCCCAUGCUGCUUCUUCCUUCGGGGGUCAGAGGAGAGUCCCUACUUUUUCUCCUAGGCUCCAUGACCCCCUCACCCAUUAAGGGCAGCAUAAGAAGCACCCUGAAACCUUGGCACCAAUGUCCUCACAAGA